AUGAUUUGGAUCACUUUUCUGGCUCUGCUGAUGCCAGUGUGGGCUACGUUCUUGCCUUCAGUAGACCAGUCGUCGUAUACUGCGUCGGAUCAAAUGACAGUCUCAUGGCAAGACGACGACCAGACGCCGCCCAUCAAGAGCUUCACAAAGGGUACGUUCAAAAUGUGCGCUAUCAUCUCGGGCGUGUUCGACUGCCCGGUCACGCUUGGGAAAUCUAUUUCCAUUUCCGGCGUCAGUUCAGAGACUUUCACCCUUUCCGACGUGUCCACCCAGGGCCCCUCGGGAUCCUACAUUUUGCAGCUUACCGGCGUUGCUCCCGACGGCUCCUAUGUUGUGACCUACUCGCUUAAUUGGUUCCGCGUGACUGGCUUCACCGGUACUGGUCUUGCGUUGGCUGGAAGCACCCCCAACAACCAGUAUUCCGUCGCAUCUUCCCAGGUUUCUUGGACUUACUCUAUGGGGCCUCUGCCGGCGUCAUUGUCAUACGUCGUAUCGUCUUGGCAGAUCCCCUACACCUUUCAAAGUGGGCCUGAGCGUUGGGCUCCGUUCCAGAUGACUCCUGGUUCUACGGUCACCAAACCCAUGACUCUUACUCGUCGAUUCCCCACCUCAUACUACUCGACUUACACGACCAUUAUCAACACGUUGAUGCCCUAUACUACGCACACUCCUGGUGCUAGCACAUCGCCCACGCUAUUCUUCAACUAUGCACCCACGGCUACCGUGGGUUAUAGCGGUGUCAAACCGUCUAAAAUCACGGCCACACUAAAAGCGAAUAAACGUCGGAGAUGGAUGGAUUGA